AUGGGCCACGAAGCAUCGGGGACUAUACAUGCAGUGGGCUCCGCGGUGACUUCCCUUCAAACUGGAGAUAAGGUCGCAAUUGAACCCGGCUAUCCAUGCCGCCGCUGUCACCACUGCAAGCAUGGCCACUACAACCUCUGCCCGGAGAUGAAAUUUGCAGCCGAUCCGCCCGUGCUGCAUGGAACACUCACUAAAUACUUCAUGCUGCCUGCCGAUUUCUGUUACAAGAUGCCUGAGAGCGUCAGUCUGACAGAAGCUGUUCUCAUGGAGCCUCUAGCUGUUGCCAUCCAUGCUGUGCGCCAGGCAGAUGUUAGACCUGGGAAGAAAGUUAUUGUGUUUGGUGCUGGGACUGUUGGGCUCUUCUGUGCGGCUGUUGCUAGGGAAUUUGGUGCAGCUUUGGUUGUCUCCGUGGAUAUCAUGGAGCGCAAGCUUUCUUUCGCACAGCGCUUCGUUGGUGGAUCUGUGGGGAGAACGGUCCUUGCGGAUCCAUCUCUUAGCCCUGAGGAGAACGCAGUCCGCUUGGUACAAGAACAUCGGUUGGGUGAAGGGGGUGACAUCGCUAUUGAUGCAUCUGGUGCUGAGAUGUCAGUGCAAACAGCAUUAUUCUCGCUACACAAGGGAGGAACUUAUGCUCAAGUGGGGAUGGGAAAGCGCAAGAUCGAGUUUCCAAUAUCAGAGAUGUGCGAGAAGGAGAUUACUGCUAAGGGUUGUUUCCGGUAUGGAGCGGGGGACUUUGACUUGGGGGUGCACCUUGUGGGUUCAAGGAAGGUAUCGUUAUCUGGGCUGGUGACAAGUGUCUUUCCAUUUGAGUCGGCUACUGAGGCGUGGGAAACUGCUAAGCGUGGUGAGGGUACGAAGACAUUGAUCGAGGGGCCCAAGGAUUGA